UCACUGGUCACACUGAUCUCCGAAUUCUUAUCAUCCCCAUCACCCUCACCCUUUGAAAAAUUCUGAGUUUGCUGCAAAUUUUAGCGAAUUUGUGUGCAACUAAUCGUCAAUUUUAUUCGUAGAAAUCAAGUUCGAAUGAUAUUGUGUUGAAGCGAAGAUAGCUGACUGUAGAGAUUUCAACAUUUGCAUUUCGUGAGACGUAAAUACUUACGUAAGUAAUCCUCGUGAAAAUGGAUCAGUCUACAGGCUCGGAUUUUGACGAUAUUGUGUCUGCGAUCCAGACUCCAGCCAGUUCUAAUUCGAUCGAUGAUGAUAAUCGUACAUCGUCGAGUGAGGACGAGAAACAAACCAAUUCUGAAGAAACGCGACAACCACCGCCUGACGUGAGUACGCCAGAGAUGCCUAUACCGAGCAGUAGUGCAUAUACGGCGUCGUCGGCGUCGGACACUCGUCUAGCCAGUAUCAUGCAGAUGACGUUGGAGACUUUACGCUCACAGAGCUCUACUUCGCCGCAGCAAGACACUGCACUUCAGUUUUUCGAUAAGCAUCCUCAGAUGUUGGUGGCGCUCUCAAAGCAAAAACAACAAGAAGAGUCGCAACAGAAAACUGACGGUAGUGUCAGCGAUCAAGUUCCGGCGGCUAGAAAACCUGAUCCUGAGAAGAGGAGACUGAUUCAGCAACAACUGGUGCUUCUGUUGCAUGCUCACCAAUGCCAAAAAAGAGAAGCGAUAGCUGCCGAAGAAGGAAGACAGUGCGCAUUACCUCAUUGCAAAACGAUGAAAAACGUAUUAAAACACAUGGCCUGUUGUACGGCCGGUAAACAGUGUGAAAUUGCGCAUUGUUCAUCUUCCAAGCAGAUAAUCUCACAUUGGAAAAAGUGCCAGCGUCCGGAUUGCCCAGUUUGUCUUCCUUUGAAGCAAGUCGACAAAUCGCGAAAUAAAAAUGCAUUCUUUACAUCAACCGGGCAGGCAGCAAGUCCGCCAGAUGCGCAACCGUUGGUCCAGAAGACGGCACCUAAACCGCCGCCGACGGACAGCGAUUUGAGAAGAGCUUUCGCCGGCCUGGGUAUUCAGCUGCCACUGGACGGGUCAAGUUCGUCGGGACAGUCGACGUCAGCGUCGUCGCAGCAACCUCAAAGCUCUCAACGGUGUAUGGCACCCGGAGUAGACCCUCGUUGCAGUCCACCAAUGACACCGUCGCAGCAACAAACCAGCCAGCCUACGGUUAGUGAUAUGGGAAAAGUUAACGCAGGCGUAGAUUUCACGGUACCGCCAAGUGGCCUGGGUCCCAGUUAUGUCCCGCCGCAAUGGUAUCAGUCAACUGGUCAGCCAAUAGGUGGCGGUUACGUCGGUAUGGGUUCGAUUCCUACGUGGCAGCCGUACUAUGUGCCGAUGUACAGUGAUAUGAGAAGAACUGGUUUGGGUUAUAAUCCUGUUUCGGCACCAUGGUUCCAGCAACCCAUUCACACGAUGCCCAGUGAAUUCAGAACACCUUAUCCUGGUAUGGGUAUGAUGAUGCCGCCGUAUGGAAUGGGUUACAUGCCGACCUCGAUGGCUGCUCCAAAUCCACCGCCGUUCAGCUAUCGUCCGAAUUCAGGAUUGAGUGGACCCGUUCAGCCAUCGCUCGUAUCUCUUGCGGAAUUCCAACAACAACAACAACAACAACAACCGCCGCAAGUUAAUAAUGUACCAUUAAAUCAGCAACCGAACAUUAGCGUUGGAUUCGGAACUCCUGCACCAACAGUAUCCAAACUCAAUCCACUUAUACCAUCCACGGUUCAGCCACAAAAUCCGCCAGUUGCGCCACCAACUAAAAUUAACGUUGGAUUCGGAACUCCAGCACCAACAGUAUCCAAACCCAAUCCUUUUAUACCAUUGACCGUUCAAAAUCAGCCGACGAUUAGCGUUCCGGCAGCGGUAGUCGAAGGAUCUUCGCAGCAAAGCAACGUCGCAGACGAAUCGAAACCAAAUGACUCGAAGAAGGCCAGUGAUCAGAAAAAAGGCUCUAAAUAUUGGCACAUAUUCGUCACUACCGAGGUCAGGGAACACUUGGCGAAGAAGAUAGCUAAAGCGAUGCUCCCUGUAAACGACAAUCAAGCUGCAGGAGGAUCUGGUGAAGCGCAAAAUUUCCCAAACAACGAUUACGACCGUGUUAUGCUCAAGUUGGAAUCCUACGCGAAAGAAGUCGAAUGUCAUGUUUACGAAGUAGCUAAUUCCCAAUACGAGUACUACCAUUUGCUUGCGGAGAAGUAUUACAAAAUACAAAAAGAAUUGGACGAGAGACGCCAGAAACGAUCGCAGCAACUGAAAAAGAAUUCACAAGAGCUUCCUGUAGGGCCACAAACAGGUGCUUCCGCAUUGGGUGCGCCGCUCAUUUCAACACCUCUGUCACCGAGCAGCGACGUAUUAGUGAAUCUGGGACUUGGAGUUUCAGUUCAAUCAGCUUCUAAUUCUGUACAAAUGCAUUCGCAGGUUCAUCAAGAAACGGCUUGUCAACAACAACUGAAUGGUGCGAUUGAGGUUUGUCUUCCCGACAACACAGUGCCCACAUGUUCAAAUAUUGAACAAGAAACGAAGCAAGAAAAACCACAGCUCCGAAUACAACACGAUGAAGCUCAAUUGAAUAAAUCUGAUGAACCAUCUGAAUCUGAGUCUUCGUCUGCAAGUUCCAUAACAAACGACACCCCUCGAAACGUUAUUACCAAAGAAUGGCAUAAACUCAUUAAAAAUGAACUAAGGGAACAUUUGGUAAAAAAACUAGUACAAGCGAUCUUUCCUACGAGCUCCCAGCAAGCAGCAGGCGAAUCCGGUAAUGGUGGCUCUAGUGCACCUGACCAAGUGCAAAAUUCUUCAAGUAACAAGUUCAAUCACUCAAAGUCGAAUUUACUUAUCGAUGAGCGUGUUAUGCGGAAUUUAGAAUCGUAUGCGAGAAAAGUCGAACAAGAUAUUUACGAAGCAGCGAAUUCCAAAUCCGAGUAUUACCAUUUGCUGGCGGAGAAGUAUUACAGAAUACACAAAGAAUUGGAUGAGAGACGCCAGAAACGAAAAGAACAACAAUUACAGCAACAAAUGCAGCAGCAGAAACAGUUAAAGUCACAACAGCUUCCUCAAGGAGUAGCUCUACAGUGCUCAAGCGCCAUGUCCGCACCAGUCGAAGAAAUGAGUAAAAUUUCAUUAUCUGCCUCGCCUCAUCCUUCAGCAGCCAGCACUGUUUCGAAUAAUGAAAUAUCCAAAGAAGCGAAUAGCGAAACAGAUUCCGAAAAUGCUGAUAACCAUUCGCAACAGCAACAGCCCGAACAACAGCGGUUGGAUGUACAGCAAGAUCAGCAGCAAUCGAUGGAUGAUGCGAAUCAGGAGUUUUCCGCUGAAUCGAUCUCUUCUGUGACUGCUGCCACCCGUUCUUUCUGCACAUUCGUGUAUUCUUAUAAUUACUAUUAUUAUUCUUAUAUCUAUUCUUCUGGACUUUCUCAUCCUAAUUGAGUUCACUCGACGUACUCUUCAUCUAAACACUGCGAAUUAUUUUAUAGUAUUAAUUUUGACUACGUACGAAUGGUAUUUUAUUCGUUAUUGACCAAUUUUUUUCUUCUUUCCUGUGGAACUGGUAUCUUGGAGUUUCUCUCCUCCACUAGUUCGUUCGUAUCUUAUAAGAUUUAACUUUCAAAAUAUCAGUGUGGAAAUCAUGUAUUUAGCCAAUUUAGUUAAUUUGCAUACUAUGGUAUCUAUCUACCCCUUUUCUUUCUGUCUGACGAUCGUCAAUCGAAAGAUAUCCAUCAAAUUAUUUAUUUUUUCUCCUGUCCUUGAUCGUGACGAAAUAAUUAAGAUAUUUGAAAGAGAAAAAGUAGCCUUAUUUACUAUUAUUAUCGAGUUUAUCUCUUUAUCUAGAUAAGAAGGACGUUGUUCAAGAAUUAUUGUGCAUGUGCAACGCAUCGUUCAUAUAUUUUUUUUUAAGUAUUUAUGUAUUUUUAUUCAUUCUAGAACGAUAUCCUAUUAUAGUAAUUAAUUUUACUACGUAUUAAAAUGUAUUCAUUUAUUUUAUUUUAUUAAAUUUUUUGAAUGUAA